AUGAAGAUCUGUGUUCGAACGCUGGCCGGCGCCGAGAGCUUCUUGGAGCUGCCGAGCGCCUUGGAAAUUCUCAGUUUCCAUCGGUGGGCGCCCACCAAAGGCACUGCAACAGCGCUGGACUUGAAGUUGGCCAUCCAGCAGGCGCUGCAUUUGCCGCGGCGCGAGCAGCGCCUAGUGGUCGGCCCCAUCCCUUUGCACGACGGCCAGCGUCUCGCGGAUUUGGCCGAGGAGGAGGCGGUCCUCCAGGUGUGCCUCAUCCGUCUGGAGGGCGCCCGCCCGGGUCUUCUCGAGGGCCUCGCCAGUGGCAUGCUGGCGCUACAGGACCUCGGCGAGGAGCUGCGCGGGGACAAGGAGCUGGUCCUGGCGGCGGUUUCUGCCAAUGGAUGGUGCUUGGAGUUUGCCUCCCCAGCGCUGCGGGCAGACAAGGCGGUGGCGCUCGCUGCGGUGCAGAGCGACGCCGGGGCACUGGAGUUCGCCUCUGAGAGUCUGCGACGGGACCGAGAUGUGGUGCUCAGCGCGGCGCGGCGCAAUGGCUGGGCCCUGGCCUUCGCGGAGUUCGAGCUGCGCAAGGACAAGGAGAUCGUGCAAGCUGCAGUGUGCAGCAACCCGCUGUCCCUUCAGUUUGCAUCUAAGGAGCUGCAAAACGACACCGAGCUGGUGCUGAGCGCCGUGCGCCGCAAGGGCCAAGCCCUGCGCUUUGCCAGCGAGAAGCUGAGGACCAAGACUGAGGUGGUGCUUGGAGCGGUGAGUUCCGACCCCUCGGCCAUCCAGCUCUGCGCCUCGCCGGGGGUGGUAAUCCAGGCGCUGCGAGUCAACGCUGCGGUGCGGCGGUUCCUGCCAUCCCGACGCUGGCCCUUGCGCCUGAGGUUCGCGAUGUAUUGUGUGGUAGACUACAGAUGUUUGCACCUGGUUGGGAACGAGGCCAUGGUGGAUGAGAUGGGCUUCAUCGUUCCCUUCCAAGGUGGCAAGGUGCCAAAGGAGACUUGCGGGGAUACCGCCUCCAGCGCCGUGCACCGCUACCUGGGCCUGGCCGAGAUGGUGCACUCGGUGCCGCAGAAGCUCCAGCUGUCCCACCCCACGGAGAUCUCUUCCAUCGCGGCGCAGGUUCGCCGCCCUGCGACCGGCAUGAG